AUGGACUUAAAUGGGUUGGCGCUGUUGGCAAAGUGCUGUAUUCACGCCGCCCCAAAUAUAGCCUCCAUAGUAUGCGCUACCAAAGACGCGUGACGCAUGGAUGCGUGGAGUGAGGAUUGCCAACGGAAACCUUUCAGGUUGAGUGAUGUAGGAGAUUGCCGGACACAUAGACGUGUUGAGUGAUUUUAGCUCUGCAUACUGAAACCCCACGGAUUGACGACGUUUGAGAUAGCCAGACAAAUGAACGGGUUGAGCGGCGAUAGCUGCAUACUGAAACCCCACGGAUUGAGUGAUGUUGGAGUGCCGGACACAUAGACGCGUUGAUCGAGGAUAGACACAUAUUGAACCUCACAGGUUUAUUUCGAUUGCUCUGCCAGACACAUAAACGCGUUGAGUGGGGAUAGCUGCAUUCUGAAACCUCACAGAUGGAUUGAUUGCCGGACACAAAGACAUGUUGAGUUAAGAUAGCUACAUACUGA